GGCAGCAGCAGCAGCGAUGGCUCACAGCUUCACUCAGGAGUAUUUUCAGAUCCCUGUGGUGACCCGAACAUACACGACCGCCUGCGUCCUCACCACUGCUGCUGUGCAACUUGAGGUCAUCACCCCCUUUCAGCUCUAUUUUAACCCCGACCUCAUCAUCAGAAGAUACGAGAUAUGGCGCCUGAUAACCAGCUUCCUCUUCUUUGGUUCUCUUGGAUUCAGCUUUGUGUUCAACAUCAUCUUUCUUUAUCGAUACUGUCGGAUGCUGGAGGAAGGAUGUUUCCGGGGAAGGACAGCGGAUUUUGUUUUCAUGUUCCUGUUUGGGGGAACCGUGAUGACUCUGUUCGGUCUGUUCGCCAACGUCUUCUUCCUGGGCCAGGCCUUCAUCAUCAUGCUGGUGUACGUGUGGAGUAGAAGACAUCCGCUCGUACGCAUGAACUUCUUCGGCUUCCUGAACUUCCAGGCGCCUUUCCUCCCCUGGGUGCUCAUGGGAUUUUCGCUUCUGCUCGGAAACUCCAUCGUGGUCGACCUCCUAGGUAUCAGUGUCGGUCACAUGUACUACUUCCUAGAAGAUGUGUUUCCAAACCAGCCGGGAGGACGGAGGCUGCUGAUGACUCCACAACUUCUACGGGCCAUGUUUGACCAGCCGGAGGACCCAGACUACCGUCCCCUCCAAGAAGAGCAGCAGGGAGGAGAUCUGCAGCAGGACGAGGAGCCGCACAAUUAGCUGAAUCAUGUAUGAUGACAGUUAGAGGAAGUGGAUCUGUGGAGCCCCGAGUCUCUGCAGAGGGCAGUCGACACGUAUGACUGAACUGCUUUUCAGCAUCAUGAACAUUUACAAUGUUUUUUACUUUUGUUUUUUUUUAUGCAAAAGUAUUUUGGACUUUAUAAUAACUUAAUAUAACUUAAUAAUUUUAACUGCGGAGCGUUCAUCCACCUUAAUGAGCAGUUUCUUUAAGACAGACACCAUCAUUUAAACAUGCAAUGAAAAUACAGCAAAAUGGAAUAAUUGGGAGUAGAAGGACAUCCGCAGUUUCUUUUUUCUUGGAAAGCGGAGUAGAAGAAACUUAAAAAGACACCCUGUAGCGUUUGACCACGACUCAGCAGAGCGAUGUUUUUACGAGUGGUAUCGUGCACGAGCACGAUGGGCGGGCAACAACAAAGGAAGUGAAGAAGAAGAUGGCUACCAAGUCAACACUGCAGAAUUUUUUUUUAUUAUAAAAUCAGCUUUGCAAAUGUAGCCCUCCAGGAUCCACAAAAUAACACUGACGGUAAACGGAAACUUUGUUUACAAGAAAACUCCACAGGGCACCUUUUAAAGUUCGCUAAUUAUAUUUGUUUUAGCUUUCAACCGUAACUUAGGGUCUUCAUCAGGGGGCAUCACGUGACCUGGUAAUAACAGGACAAUGUAUACGAGGAGAAAUUUUAACCUGUUUCUGAAAACCGUUAGAAGCGUGGGUGCAUAAAGAGCUCGUAAAUGGACCUUUGAGUUGAGAUUAUUCCGUCACAUGUAAUGUUCAAGGUCCGGAAUGCACUUCCACGCUCAACAGAAUUUAUGUUCCAAUUCGAGAGUUUGUGUUGAUGCUCCAAUAUUUACAAUAUAACAGACACAAGAGACUGAUCCACUAAGACUUUGUGAGCAUAAACAAAUACACACAUCCUAGUAAAAGAGAAGUAAGAGCAGCUGUAAAGGAGCAGGACUGACAUGAUGACUCCCUCUCCUGCUGUUGUGUCACAGAACUGCCGACGGCCUGAAAUCCCACAGGCCCGUCUGCACACUCUGCACUUUCACCCGCUGCCUUUGUGGGUCAGACACUGGGGGACAAAAUGCAAACUGCUUAGCACAACAACAAGCAAACACGUCUCUGUGGGCGCGUCCAACAAUAAAACACACACACCAUCCCUCAGAACACCGCACUGCGGAUUAAUACGAGCCAAGAAACCAAUUCUGUUUCAACACUAUUUCUUUUUCCUUGUCUAAUAGAAAAACAUCCAAAGGAACAUUUACAGUAAAGAUUAUUAUGGGAUGAAGAACGAGAAAUCCUGAUGUACAAAGUGGCCUUAAAUAAAGAAUUAAUACACAAAAACCUUGAAGUCGUGAAAUAUUGAAUUGCGAUUUUACUGAUUUAUAUUUAAACUGUAAACAUGUUCCACAAAUUAAGCUACAGCCUUCCAUUUGUGACUUACAAUAAACAAAGACAAUGACAAACUUGUGUAACCUGAUAAAAUAAUGCAGGUACUUGUUUUUGGAGGUCCUCCCAAAGUUCAGUUCAACAUAAAAACAUUCCUUUUUCUACAGAAGUGGCCAAUUUAACUCACAUUAAGACAUU